AUGGAGACGAGGAGCUUAGCCGACAGCCUCGACGGCCUUCGAGCCACCGCCGACGCCGCGUUUCGACUAGCAUUUAUGUUCAGCAAGGUCGAAAGCAAGCUGCAGGCUGAGAUCCGAAGAGUCGCCAGUGAGAUCCAGGGUAUUGCUGGCGCGCUGCACCAACUCUCCCUCCUAGCAUCGAUCCUCGGAGACGAAUCGGGUUGCAACCGCACGUCUGAAGCAGUCCCAUCACAGCUUGCAUCAUGCCAUCGGAUACUCGAAAACCUCGAAAGACGACUAUUGAUACGGAAGAACGAUGCUCGCUCCAAGAACGCAGCCUCAAAAUGGCCUUUCACAACGGCCUGGACAAGAGACCUGCUUAGAGAGCUGAGCGAACACAGAGAUGUCAUCAACCGGGGGCUGUCUGUAGAGUCGAUGACGGAUCUCACAAAAGUAUUUUACAACGAGAAGUAUGUCAUGGUCAUCGACCAGGACGGUGCCAUCUCCAAGCACACCCAGGUGUCAGCCCUCGUGGCGGCUCAACCGGAUGCCCUCGACGUUCUUGGGUUCUUCCUCAAGUUUGACCAACGGGCCCUCCUCAACAAUAUUUUGCAAGCGUCACACGCCUUGCACAGCUUUGGGUUCUUCAAAGACCCCGAUUUCGAGGACUGGCUUGACGGGAAGCGGUCCAAGUUAUGGAUCACGGCGCCUGCGGGAGCAGGGAAGACUGCGUUCGCUAGCGCGAUGGUACGCGAAUCGAUCCUGCGACGGCGCAACUACCCUGUGGUAGUUUACGUCUUUUGCAGCUUUGAAGACACGCAAACUUGUAAUCCGGUCAAUGUUCUGAGCACCAUCGCUGCCCAGGUCGGGCGGCAAAACGAGGCAGCUUUCAACCUACUGAGGACCUACCACCAGGAACUACAUCAGGACAAGAGAAACGUUCAGAGGCCCACAAGUGGGCACCUGAAAUCCCUUUUGUGGGAGAUAUCCAAGUGCUUUGGGCAUGUCAUGAUCAUAGUUGAUGGCGUGGAUGAAUGUGGUAGCGAUAGCGCCAACGUUGUAGAGUCACUGGCUGCGCUUGCCAACCAAGACGGCGGUGCCCUGGGUCUGGCGAUCGUCUCAAGAGAAAGCGAGAGCAUUCGAAAUGUGUUACAAGAUGGCUUUCGAAAAGUGAGCAUCGUCCAUUCCGAAGACGAGUUACAACUGUUCACCGCGACGGAGUUGGAAAAACGGGUCGCCCGCAGCCAUAUCAAGUUCGACUAUCCAGAAAUGAAGGACGAGGCCAUCCAGAAACUCUGCUUCGGCCCAGAUACCACCUUCUGGCAGAUACGCUGUCACAUAGACUACAUGUGCACACUAAAGUCUUGCGACGCCAUGCUGGAGUUUUUGCAAACAGUCCCUUGUAGCCUCGAAGCUACCUACACAGCCAUUUUGAAAGGCUUCAGCAAGAGGAAUCCGGCAUCCCAAAGCUUGAUUCAGGCAACUCUACUGUUGGUUGCAUUUUCGAACCCGCCACUUACUACCCAAGAAUUGUGUCAAGCGUUGUCGACAAUAGACAUAGGCACUAGUGAUCCUCGAGACGCCGCUGUACGAACGUAUCCGGAAGUCGAUGAGACAGAGGUCCUCAACCAAUGUGGUGUUUUUCUUCAGAAGUCAGCACUGGAGGAACGCAUCGAGUUCUCCCACUACACCGUACGGGAGUUUCUCAGAAGCAUCGACCCAUCCGAUUCCGAUCUCUCCAGGUUUUCCCUCAACGAGAUUAGAGUCAACCGGAUGCUCACCUCGUGUGCUCUACGAUUUGUAUGCCUGGAGGACUUCUCACGAUUUCCGGGGUUGUCUCUUUCCGAAGAAACUUUUAUUCAGAAUCGACAUACACGUUUCCCUUUCUACAGGUUUGCGGCUUUGACUUGGCACAAGCUAGCGGAAAAUUUACAGGAUGACGCGGAACUGUUGUCAGAGGCCAUGGUUCUUUUCGACCCGACACAGACUCCGAACUUCAAGUCAUGGUGCCUAGAAGUAUGCCGCCACUACCUACUCCACGGCUCUUGGAGUGCAUGGAGAGACGAGCGCGACGCGUCGGCUCGGAUAGACGCAGAGGACAACGCCGGCUCCGUCUGUUCGGAAACCACGCAGAUCUUCAACAUAUCAACCGACUCAGCAUUCAACACCUCCGAAGGGGAGUCCUCAAAAAGCGAACCGGAGAUGAUUGCAGGAAAUCGAAGCAUAUGGAGGUGGAGGAAACACGCCCCCAGACGGGACUGGCACCGGGGUCAUACGAGACGUCUCGCCCGGAUCAUUCGACGAGGAGACUUUACCCCCUUGCACAUGGCCGCUCUGCUCGGGAUCAAGGUCGUCUGCCAAGAACUCAUAAACCGCGGAGAGAACGUCAACCGACCAAGCAGAAUAGGCACGCCUCUGCACUGCGCCCUCGGCGGACCGUUCCUCAUCGCGUGCCACGACAUGUCGAAGCAGAGACGGCCGGACGGUUGGUUGGAGCGGCCGUCCCGGGAAACUGUGGAACUCCUCAUCAGGUCGGGGGCAGACUGCACGAGGUCCCUACCGAGCCAGAUGUACUCCUGGGAAACAACCGGGGCCCUGUCAUUGAAAGCCGCGGAGUGGGCGGGCGACUGCGAGCUUUUCCGCCUCGUGGUACGAGGGGGAGCCCAGCUCCACGACAGCGACACGCUCGUCUUCCGCACUCUCUGCCGCCGGUGGUCCAAGCAUAAAGACCAGGGCGCAUUGUCGAUGAUUGUGUCCAUCUUGGACCUGCUCAGCAACAUGGUCGCCAAGGGCGAAGGAGAGUCCGCCGCGUAUCUGAAGGCGUUCCAAAAUUCCGUCUCAGAAACAACAGACAUCGACGCCGACUUGGCCUGCUCCGGGGGUAUCUCGGACGAGAUGAUGAUCAGUGAGAUGUGGAAAGCCAUCGAAGAAGAUAACCUGAACGUGCUGGAAGAGAAAAUAAGCAACCCUCGAUGCGCUGGGAUCCUCCAUGGCGACGCACUCACCGGCCUGCUCGAAUCCGCGGUUGCGUUUUCGUCGAUUACUUGCCUGGACUACCUGCUCACACGAUAUGCGGAAAAUGAAGGGCUUGACGACCGCAAAGCAACCAUGGUACUGAACUGCAUCUCACACAAGUCGGAAGACGUCCUCGUGUGUCUGCUCAAGCACGGCUCCAGAACGACCCAAGCCGGCCAUGAAGGCAACACAGUCUGGCACCUCGCCGCUCGAAUUCCCGGUGUCCAUGAGCUGCUGAAGUGUCUCCUCGCCCGUGUAGACCCCGAAGAAUGUGCGGCAGCCCUUCGCGCCGUCAACAAAGCUGGCCAGACCCCCCUUGGUGGAGCCCUGCUUUGCCAAUGUCACCAACAGGCGUCAACCAUCAUCCGUCAGUUCUCGGACGACACAAGCAUCCUGCAGAGCAUCAAACCCCCAUUGAGCCGUAUCAUAGCCAAUAUCAAUCAGGUUGACGUGCUCAAGGAGUUGCACGCGAACAACAUGGUACAAAUACCGACGAUAGAGUCGCCGCUGAACCACCUGGAGCGGCACGCAACCAUAGAAGUCGUUCGCGAGCUUUUGAGUACAUACGCCUACAAGCCGUCAGAGUCAGGCAGAACACCACUCGAGAAUUACAUGAUGGUAACCAAGCUGCGUGACUACAAGAAAGAUGUCCUCGUUGCUCUGCUCCAUGCAGAUCUGGCACAGACAAGUGAACAGACAACUCGCAACAUAUGGGAGUACGCCUGCAGGAUCCUACGCGAGACAUUGAAGCAGUCUACGGGAACGAGCCACGUAGAAUCUGUGACAUUUCUCAGAACCCUGAUAGAACAUGGAUGUCUGGAGUCCUACGAGGAAAAGACGGGGUUGUCCGGGCUGAAGGAGAUCGGCCUGCUGUUCGGGACGGAGAAGCUGCCCUCCAACCACGACAACGUCUCCGCAACCGAGGACAUCUUCAUCUUGGUGUUCGACUCCACGACCCAGCCGACUUUCUUCCAGAGCAGCAACCUGGACGUCAUCGUCCUGAAAUGGGCCAUGUACUACGACUCCAUGUUUCUCUUCGACCGACUCCUCCAGGCCGGGGUCGACGUCCGCAAGAGGGGAACGCACGAGAGCAACGCGCUGGAGUUCCUGUGUUCCAACGGCAGCGGGCCGAACGGCUUCAGGAUGCUCGUCAAGCUCAUUGAGAGAGUCGACAAGGCGGACCUCGACCAGUUGACGCCCUCUGGAGAGGGCCUGGGGUUGCUGCAUCGACUCGGGCUGGUCGACGGCCACACCAGCAAAUCCUUCGGCUGCCCGUCCUUCCGCUCCCUGGCGCCGACGGCGAACGUGCCAUACCCACCGCCCAAGGGCUUCUCUGUGCUCGGAACCGUAGGCUUCGCGCAGGCAAGACGGCCGCUGGAGAACGCAAAAUUCAGCCUGGUUCAGCGGCUGCUGGAGGAGCAGGUCGACUGCCACGUUCCCAGCCGAUCAAAGCGCGCCUCGCCCCUCGGCAUGCACAUCAGCGCCGGCUACAUCGACACAGCCAGGCUAAUCCUCCGUCAUGGGGGCCACACAAGCCUUUGUGCAGCGGACGUGUAUGGGUGGACGCCUGUCGCGUGGGCGUGUGCCCACGGAUACACAGAGUUGCUGGGAGACAUGGCCGAGGCCGGCUGCCCGGAGCCGAUCUGGGACUUCAAGGCGCAGGUAUCGCUGACAAUCUGGGGGACGCCGGUCCAGCUGUUCAAGGACUUCAGCGCUCUGCACCUCGCCGCGAUGGCUUCGCCGGAGACGGUCACGUUCUUGCUGGACGGCGGCUUUGCCACCGACCUCGACGUUGCUGCCGCGGACCUGUCGACCCCGUUGCACCUCGCGACCUAUUUUGGCCUGAGCGACACGCUCCGACUGCUGGUGUCUCGAGGGUCCGACAUCAAUGCCCAGACUGCCGUGGGGAUUACUCCUCUGCACAUAUCCGUGAUGCACCAAAAUGAGCCGAUAGCCGCGCUUCUCCUCGAGCUCGGAGCGUGUCACCUGAAGACGAAGAAAGGGGAGACGCCGCUGGAUAUUGCAAUGAAUAAGAACAACAAGAGUCUCAUGGAUCUCAUCAGCAAGAGCCUUAGGAGAGUUCCGGCGGACCAACUGACGACGACGACGACGACGACGACGACGACUGGUGAUACGGACCGAGUCCAGAGACACCUUAUGGCCGCGAUGGCGAAGGCGAUGGAGGACGCCAUCGAGCAGCGGAACCACGCGGCAUGCGAGAGGCUCCUCAAAGACGGGUGCCCGCCCGACAUCAAGAUGCGGUCCUGCCACACCUGUACGGCUCUCGUGUUCGCGCUCUCACGCAAGGCGAUCUCGACGGCCAUCAUCGACACCCUCAUCGCCAAGGGCGCGAGCUUCCGGGGCGCGUCGUGUGCCCGGGAGGGUAUCCGGGUUUCCUCUGGCCGCGGCGUCCGGUUCUUCGAAGACGAGAGCAGCGAGGCGAGCUCCUACGAGAGCUGUUCGGCAUCCUCAGACAGCGAGGAGGAAGAACAGGCGACGCAGCGCUGGCCGAUUCAGGGCUCGACGUGUCUCGACUUUCUCAUGUGGGAGAAAGACUUCUCGGAGAAGGUAUCGGAGUGGCUUGGCCUGAUCUCGGACAAGGACAUGAUCUGGCUGCUAGACAACUCGUCUGCCGUCCAGGUCGCCAUCGACGCCAACUCCCCCGAGACUCUGGAGGCCUUGUUUUCGCGUGUGUCGGAGCUCGGGACCGUAGAUGGACGCAACCUCAUCCAAGAGCUAGUGAACGAAUCCCCAACCCGCCGGACAGAAUACCGCGAGAACUCGCCGUUGCACGACGCGGCGGAAGAGAAGAGGGCCAAGAUAGCCAGACUGCUCCUCAAGCACGGCGCCGACGUCGACAGCCAGAACCAGUCCCAGGAAACCCCUCUACACACCGCGGUCAAGGCGGAAAGCCGGGCGAUGAUCGCCCUCCUCCUCGACCACGGAGCCUCCCUGCAUAUCCGCGAGAAGCGCGGCCACACGCCGCUCGAGCUGGCCAUCAGCGACGCCGGCACGGAGACGGUCCAGCUCCUCCUCGACAGGGGCGCCCGCGUCGAGCGCAACCUCGCGUCGGACUCCAACUUCAUGUGCGAGUCGACGCGGAUGGCCGUGUCGAUGCUCAAGGCCGGCGUCCGGCUGGACCAGGUCGGCAGCUUCGGGAUCCCGAUCUGGACGCCCGCGCUGUUCAAUGUCGAGCUGGCGACGUACGUCCUCAACUCGGACUGCGGCGGGGACCUGAUGGUCGGCGCGACGGGGCGGGUCAUGUGGAAGCUCGUGUGGUACGUCCACGUCAUCGACGACGUGAGCCCGAUGCACAGGUCGUUGCGGCUGCUGUACCGCCGGCUUGGCGCCGGGGCGAUGCGGCAGAUCGCCGAGCUGAAGGGGGAUGGGCGGGACAAGCCGUUCAGUCUUUUGUGCUUUUGUGCUUACUACGGGCUCGCUGAGGAGGUCAAGGUGCUGGUGCGUGUGGGCUGUGAUGUCGAGUUCGAGGGCUCCGCGGUUGGGACUGCACUCAUGGCUGCGGCGCAUGAGGGACGGAUGGGCAUCGUCAAGCUGCUCGUCCUCGCAGGGGCCAGGGUGCAGUAUGAGAGGGAUGGUGUCUGGCAGAGUGCCGUUGCGGCUGCUGUUAACUUCCCCGAAGUACUGAGCUGGCUACUUGUUGGGAGGUACUCGGAACAGGCAAGGAUUGAGGAGCCUUCAUCUUGCUGGGACAAAGAUCUCCAGGAUGGAGUCUGUCUUUGGAGUGGAUACUGGAAAGGCGUAUUUCCACUAGAAGGCAAGUAUGCGAAAUGUUGGGGAGACUCCAUGCUGCUGUGGCUCUCGCGGCUGGAGAAAGCAAGAAGAAAUUGUAGCGGCAAGGUGGUGAUAUCCCAUCUGAUAAAUAUAGGUGGCCAAUGUUGA